AUGUCGUCGACGCUUGUGGCGGCGGUCAAUGCGGGCGACGUCGAGCGUGUGCGGGAGCUUGUGGGCAACCCCAACGAGGCGGCUUCGCUCGGCUUGGCUCGCAGCGGCCUCACCGUCCUCCACACGGCAGUCUCGCUCAAGGACGCAGGCGUGGUCCAGGCACUCAUCGCCGGCGGCGCGGAUGUCAAUGCCAAGACCGACGAUGAUGCUGCGUUGACGCCGCUGCAAAUGGCGGUCCGCGCUGGUGCCUCGGACCUCGUCAAGGUGCUCCUUGACGCCGAGGCGAGCAUCGAGGCGCCGCCGGGAAGCCUCUCGGUCCUCCACGACGUGUCGUCGACCUUUAACGGCGCCAAGAUCCUCAAGAUCAUGUUUGACGAGCGUUGCAUUGACGUCGAUGUCCGCGGGCCUGGCAAGAACACGCCGCUACACUCGGCCGCUGCCUCGGGCUACGCCGAGGUGGCCGAGCUCUUUCUCCGCGCCCGCGCAGACACUGCUGCCGUCAACGCCGACGGGCAGACACCGCUGACACUGGCCAUCGAGGGUGGCCACCUUGGGCUGGUGCGACUGCUGCUGGACUAUGGAGCGGAUCCGACGCAGAAGCGCGGCGACAAGCUGGCCCCGCUGGCGGUGGCAGUCUCAGCAGGCCUGCCCGCCAUGUACCGCAUCAUCCUCGCCGCCCUCCCCAUCCAGAACAUCGACGAGUCGGUUGUGCUCUCGGCGUUGGAGCUUCCGGCGCAGGACGCGCUUGACGUCCUCACCCUCAUCCACAACGACAUGCCGGACGACCCGAUUCCGCGGACGCGGACCAAGGCUGGCGAGACGCCGCUGCACAUCGCGGCCUCCAGCGGCCUCCGACUCGCAGACGUGGCGCUCUACCUCAUCGAAAAGUAUCCGAGCAUGGCGACGACGCUCAACAAGGCCAAGUCAUCGCCGCUCUUCUCGGCCUGCGCCUCGCCAGAGCUCUCGGUCGACCUCAUCUCGGCGCUGCUCGCCGCCGGAUGCGACCCCAACGCGACGAACAAGUCCAAGGCGACACCGUUGCUGGUCCUCAUUUCGGGCCACUCGGUCGACGGCGAUGACGACGGCGACGAGGACGACGACGAGGCCGAGGCUAAGGCGGCCAUUGCGCGGGCCGCCGCCCGCCGCGGCAUCUGGGCCACCGAGCCGACCAAAGCAGCUGAUGUCGGCACCGUUGUGGUCGCCCUUGUCGCCGCCGGUGCCAACCCGUUCCACACCGACAAGUCCGGCUCGUCCGCUCUCCACCUCGCCAUCCGCUCGGGAGCGACCGAGGUUGCCAAGCUCAUGCUCACGGCGCUCAUCGCGGCGGCCGAGGCCAAAGGCGCGCCGCUUGUGGUGGCGGCCGACUCGUCGAGUAGCUCGCCGCGGUCGUCGGCCGGCGAGUCCGGCGGCGGAAGCCUCGGCACCACCGCCGACUCGCUCUCGUCACUCUCAUCACUCUCACCGUCAGUGCUCAUGCCAGCGGCGACGGCGCUGGACAAGCGCGGCCUCACACCGCUGCACUACGCGGUCCUCACCGGCUCGCACGAGCUCGUGGCAUUAAUGACGGGCGCGGGCGCGAGCGGGCUGGCUACCCAAUCGAAAGCCACCCGGCGGGCCGGGCAGACUGCGCUCCACAUGGCGGCGGCGUCCGGGCACGUCCGCAUUGUGCUCACGCUCCUCUCGUCCGGCGCCGAACCCAACAUUACCGACGAGGCGCGGCGGCUGCCGCUGCACUACGUGCUCGACACCGAGUACACUGCGCCCGAGGUCGUAGACGUCCCGCCGGCCGGUGACCUUCCAGCGGUGAGCCUGCCGGACGAGGCCAAGCGGCUGCUCAUUGCGCGGCUGCUGCUCGAGAGCGGGUCGAAGAUCGCGGCCGACGAUAGUGCCGGACUCACGCCGCUGCAUCUUGCAGCGCGCAACUCGCUCACCCACGUCACCGAGUUGCUUCUUGCACUUGGUGCCUCUCCGUAUGCGUUGACCAAGAAGAAGGAAACGGUGUUUGAUGUGGCGAGCACGCCGUGCAAGGCCUUUGUCUCGAACGCGCUUUCGGACGCGCCCAUCCUGCUGCGGGGCCAGCUCGCGUGGCUAACCCGCGGCAAAAUGACCAAGUCUGUGUCGUGGCAGCGGCGCUACGGCGUGCUGCGGCCGUCGCGGCUGAUGCUCUACGCCUCGGCCAAAAAGUACGAAGCAGCGCCCGACUCGCCACUCCUUGUUGUCCCGCUCGGGAUGCCGGCGACCUCGCUAGAGAUGGCAUCAUCGACGGCGUCGUCGCGGCGUGGCAUGUCAACUGUCUCGCUCCUCGACGACUCGUCGGCGCCGUCGAUGGCGGCGGCAGCGGCAUCCGGAGCGGCGGCCGAGCCGUCGGCAGCCGACGGAGGCGCCGAACAGCCGCCGCUCACCUCGUCGUCGUCGGUCCACAUUCGGCACCCGCACGGUGAUGCAAUUAUCUCGGCCGACGGUGCAUCGCUCAUCGAGGCGUGGUACAUUGCGCUGGUGGCGGCGUCGCGGGUACACCCGCUACACGCCUCGGUCAUCCGGCCUGACCCGGCGCUGACCCAAGUGCUGCUGGCGGGCGGUGCCGACCCGCACGCAGCCGACGCACUCGGCGCUACUCCGCUGCACGUGGCGGCAGCUUGGGGCCGGACCGAGCAGGCUCGGGCACUGCUGCAGGCCGGAGCCGACGCUGACGCCCGCGACCGGUUCUCGCUCCAGCCGAUGCACCACGCCAUCCUUACCCGCAACCUCGACCUGGUCGAUGUGCUCCUCGACUACAAGGCGACCGGAAGCGCGGCAUCGGCCUGGGGCGCGACAGCACUCGACCUACUUGUGCCGUCGCUGAUGCCUGCGGUCCGAAGCGCGCAGUCCCGGCCGCGGGUGCGGACGACGCCCAAGCCGCCGCCAUUGGCGUACUACUACGCGCGGGCGCGAAACGCGCUGCUGGAUCUCAACCCGCGGGAGAUGGCGGAGACGAUCAUGUUGCACUCGCUCGACGUCAAUGCCCUGGAUCCCAAUACCGGCGUCGGCCUCCUUCACUACUCUGCCGUUCUCGGCCUGCCCGAGGCGCUCAAAUUCCUUUCAAUGCUCGGGGCCCAGCUCGACCUGGUCUCGCUCCACGGCACGCCGCCACUGCUCCUGGGAGUUGUCUGCGGACACCACAACGUAGUGGAGGCGCUGCUUGCCGUCCACUCUGAGGUCGACGCGGUGGACGCGUCCGGGGCGUCGGCGGCAGACCUCGCGCAGACCGAGUCGAUGAAUCUGCUGCUGCAGCGCGGCGCGGCGCUGCACUCGGGUUGGCUCGUCAAGCGUGGCGGCGGGACGUCGCUGCUGGGGCGCAAGUCGUGGAAGCGGCGGUGGUUUGUCCUUCGGUCAAAGGUCAUUUCGUACUACGAGGGCUCGGGCUCGACCGAAGUGUUGGGCUCCAUCCCGAUGCCGUCGCCGGUGGAGCGUGACGACGAAGCAGGCAAGGACAAGCGGUAUCACUUUCGGGUCAUCACGCCCAAGCGGACGUACUACCUCGCAUCCGAGUCGAAGCGCGAGGUCAAGGACUGGGUCAACGCCAUCACGUCGGUCAACACCGAGUCGGCGUCGCUUGCUGAGUUUGAGCAGCUCAAGGCGACGCUGUUCUUUGAUCCAGCCGAGCACCUGCCGACAGAUUGGAGCGGAGAGUACCGGCCGGGCAAGUACGCGCUCCAUCACGCAGUCGAUGCCGGGACGGUCAACUUUGCGAGUCUAGCCUCGUCGUUUGAUGGCUCGGCCCACAAGCGGCACUUUAGGUACUCUGUCCUGCAUUUUCUUGCCGUCUCGCCGUCGGCGCGACUCAAGGUCGCGUCGGCGCUGCUCUCGAGCCUGCGGUCGGUGCUCGACUCCCGCGACGCGUUUGAGCGGACGCCGCUCCACCUGGCAGUGGCUGCCGGCAACGCGUCGCUUGUACAGGCGUUCAUCGACGCGGGGGCUGACGUCAAUGCCGUUGACAACUGCGGACGGGGGGUGCUGCACUCUGCUGCGCUCGUCGGCAAUGCCAGCAUUGUGCGAGCGCUACUCGACGCCGGUGCCGAGGCUGCAACUGCCGACAGCGUGGCGGGCUACUACCCAGCUCACCUGACGGGCGAUGACGAUUGUGCGCAGCUGCUCACGGCAGCGUGCGGCAACGGGCUGCCUGCGGAGCCGGUCGGAAAGGCCAACGCCGUUGGAUCUGUCGAGUUGGAUGUGGCGGGCAUGCUGGAGCGGGCGCGCGAGUCGGCGGCCUCGCGCGCGCUGGCGUCGCUGCCAAAGGCGUCGCUUCCCGUGAUGACAGCGGCGGCGGCGGAGCUUGACGAACUGUACACACACGCCCCGCUCAACCUGACCAAGGAUCCGGAGGCAGCGCUGCUGGAGAUGCAGUUUGAGUAUGUGUUCCGUGACCCGGUCUCUGUCCCCCACGAGCACACUUGUGCGAUGGCGUCACUGGUGAGCCAUCCGGUGCUCAAGCGGCUGCUACUGACGGAUGCACUCGCGGCGCGUGUGGCGGCGGUGGUGAGCGCGGCGGUGGAGGUCGCGCUUGCCACGCCAGACAAUGGGCUGCCCGAGCACCGAGAGGAGGCGUCGCGGUCGCAGCUCGCGUCGGUGUAUGUGCAGCUUGUCAACGGCACGAUCGGGACGCGGAGCAGCGCCGUGGCGCUUUUCGCGCAGAUUGUGGACGAUGUUGCCGAGACGAUGACGCACGUGCUGGAAGCCGAGCCGCGGGCGGCGGCGAGCGCGCAGAUGUGGAUGCACACGACGGUGGGGCCUGCGCUUGGCGCAUUUGUUUACCGACCGCUGAUGCUGACGCGGAUCAUCCGGUACCUCUCCAUCUCGCUGUCGAAGGACACGGUGGUGCGGUUUGCGUCGCGGCCAGCCAGUCUUGACGUACCUGCGCCACUGGCGCUGUCGGACAUUGCGUCCAUGGCGACAUCGGACGGGUACUCUGUCAUCGAGAUGUUCACCAACGAGUUUUCGAGCUAUCAGGAGGUGCUGGCGUACAUGAGCGCGCUGGCGACGCACCUCGGGAGUGCGCCGGCGUCGCGCGAUCUGCUCAUCUUGUACGGGCGCGGGCUGUUUGAGCUGGCGCGGCGGAGCAAGGACAAGAAAGAACAGCCGCGGCUGCAGCUGCGGACGAACCGAGUGCUUUGGCUCGCGCUGCGCGGGUACGACGAGCCGGGACUUGCGCGCGGCGAGGACGGCACCAAAAGCCUGCUGCUGUACUUUGCGGGGAAGCACGUGUGGGCGAGCCGCAAGGCGGCAGAGGCCAUGCGGCUCGCGUUUGCGGUUGCAAUCUACUCGCUCCCGCAUGAGGCGAUCGCGGCGCACAAGCGCGACCCAAGCGCGUCGUCGCCCGUCAUGCACGGGCUUGUGGCGCUGGUCCCAAAGCUCUUUGAGUACUACUGCCGGCUGCUGGAGCAGUCGAAGGAGUACACGCUCGCGCUCAUCCACUACCGCGAGGCGAUCCGGUUCUCGCCGGGCUACCGGGCACACCACAUCGACGCGGUGCGGAUGUCGCGUCUGUGCAAGCUGCGGUCUGACCGGACGGCGGAGGUGUUUGACCUGCUGUGUCACGUCUACGCUGACGAGCCCGAUACAUGGGCCGAGUACGCGCUGCACCUCAUGCAGACCAACGAUGUGCACGCGGCCGGGCCGCUCCUCCGCAAAGCGCUCGGACUCGACCCGACGCACGCCAAGUCGCGUAAGUACCUCAAGCUGCUCAUCUCCAAGUACCCGACGCUGCAAAUCUCGACGGAUGCCGAGCUCCUCGUGCGCGGGUCGUCCAAGGGCGGCGCCGGGUCGAGCAGCGGCGCCGGACCCGGCGGGCGGAUGGCAGCCGGGCCGGGUGGGCGGAUGAUGCCCGGAGGUGGCGGCGGAGGCGCUGGAGGCGGAAAUAUGGCACACGGUCAGCCGCAGCAGCUGCAGCUCGGGUUCCAGGCCGGGCCGGGCCGUGGCGGGAUGUCGCCGGCUCGCCGCAAAUGA